AUGAGAGUAAGACCAAAAAGGUGGGUCAUGAUGCUUAUGGCCGUAACAGUCGUGAUACUCAUCUUCCGAAAUCAGUUCUAUUCAUCCCGAACGCGACAGCAGAAUCAAGAGCCCUUGUCUGCCCAAAACAAUCCUUAUUAUGACGGGUGGAUAACACCGAAUCUCUAUAAAAAGGGCGAUCCCUUGGAACUAAUUGUAAAUAAGGUGGAAUCCGACUUGACCCAAUUACCAUACGCGUACUAUGACUUGCCGUUUACUUGUCCUCCAACUAUGCAUAAGAAACCACUUCACUUAUCCCUAAAUGAGAUAAUAAGAGGAGAUAGGAAAUGGGAAAGCGAUUAUAUUCUCGCAUUUGGUGAAGACAACGCUUGCCAAACCCUAUGCGCCCGAAAAACUACCAAAGAGGGUAUGCAGUCAUUAGAUAAGCUGGUCAGAGAGGGUUACGUCGUACAAUGGCUGAUUGAUGACACGCUACCAGCAGCCACUACGUUCAUCUCCACUACGGAUCAUAAAAAAUACUAUGCGUCCGGGUUUCCAUUAGGUUUCGUGGAUCCCGAUACUGGCAAAACGUAUUUGCAUAACCACGUAAUGCUAGUGAUUCGUUUCCAUGCUGGCAAUAAUGAUCAAAAUACCAUUGUAGGGUUUGAAGUAUAUCCAAGGUCCGUAUCUGAUUAUCACUGUCCUGGGGCCUCGAAAAAUUACGAACAGUACGAAAUUGUGGUCCCUGAAGACGAAAAUGAACUUACUUUUCUACCAUUUACUUAUUCUGUAUAUUGGAGGGAAGAAUUCGAAGUUGAUUGGAAUCACAGGUGGGACUAUUUUUUGAAUUCAGGCGAGUUGUCCAACGAGAAGAGUGUUCAAUUCCAUUGGAUGAGUUUUGCCAACUCAAUGGGGAUUGUAUUGUCCAUUUCAUUUAUUACCAUUGUCAUUUACAUCCAAGUCAUGCAUAGGGAUAAGAAAAACACGGAUUCCACCAAAUAUCUGAUAAACAUAGAAGGUAUUGAAGUCGAUAACUUGGAAGACGACAAAUAUGGCAAGAACUCUAUUUAUAUGGUAACCAAGGAUUGGAUACAAAACGGUAAGCCGAAUCUGUCUGGUUUAAAAGUAUUAAUCGUACUAGUCUCGUUUGGUGUACAAUUUUUGUUUACUGUAAUAGGAUCAUUGACAAUAUCUUGUUCAAUGAACAAACUACAUAACGUUAGGAAUAGCGUGAUUACUAUGGCUAUAUUGUGUUUUGUCCUUGGCGCAUUCAUGGCGUCUUUCGUCGGAACAAGAUUGAGCAUAGUAACAAAAAGAAGAAGCAUUGAUGUCAACUAUCUUGAUGAUAGCAAAAACUUCAAAAAUUGUAAUAAGUUUAGCCCCGUUUUUGCCAUAAUUUGCGGGUCCAGUUUACCAGGAUUGGUGAUGGUAAGCACAUUUUUACUAAACAGUAUUGUUUGGGCACAUGACUCUACAAAUGCGCUACCAUUCAGGACCAUUGUGUUUUUCAUCAGCGUCUAUUUUAUUGUCUGUAUACCCCUAAGUUUAUUUGGUGGUACAGUAGCUAAUAAUAUACCGCUACCUCGACACUGGUUGAGCGGAAUUACUAAUGACGAAAUUUGUGGAAAUGGUAGUAGAUUAUUCGUACCGAAAUCACGCACCAGAUUCAACCCACUGGUAUAUUGCGGCAUUUAUCUAUGUGGUCUAUUUCCCUUCUUAGUGAUUUACGUUGAAUUGCAAUAUGUUUACAAAUCCGUUUGGCUAGAAAAGACUACAUUCUACUAUUUUUAUGGAUUUUUGUUUUUAAAUAUCAUACUGUUGUGUGUGCUUACUAUGGAAAUAUCGAUUAUCGGAAGUUACUUAUUAAUGAGAUUCUGCUUCGAAGACAAAGAAGUCCGUAACAAUUGGAGAUGGAAGUGUUUUGAGAUGGGCUUUAGCGGUGGGGUGUAUAUGGAAUUAUACUCUCUCUACUACAUUUUCGCGGUACUGAAUAUCCAUGGUUUUUCAUCUAUUCUAAUCUCCAUUUGUUAUAGUCUACUCUUCAACAUAAUGUGCGGUCUGGGACUGGGCGGACUGAGCUACUUAACGGCUUCGUGGUUUAUCAAUAAGAUUUACCAUUUGAAAGUCAGCAGAUAA